CCAGAUUUCCAUUGGCGAUCUCUGUGGAAAUGGGUUAUGUUGAGCUGUGGGACGAAUAUCAGGAGGCUGUAGAGCAGCUUUACCUGAGCUCUCCCUUUAAGACUCGUUACGUUUCCAAAUAUCGGCAUAAGGACGGAAAGCUGGUGCUGAAGGUCACAGAUGGCCCAACGUGUCUGAAAUUCAGAACCGACCGCCUGCCUGAUUUGAAGAAAUUUGAACGCUUGAACUUAUCAUUAAUGGAAAAAAUGCAAGGAAGAAAGAAGCUGGAUGCUAUGGAAACUGAUGUACCAGAAGUCUUGACGGCAACGUCGCCUAACGAUACACCGGUGCAAAGUCCACCAGCGCCAGCUGGGAGAAAGGGCAAGGGGAAAAAGAAAAACCGCUGAGAAUUCCACUUCAACGGAUUUAGUGGUGCGGCCUGAUCGACGUGCUCUUCACUGCGGUGCGUGGCCUAGGACACGAUUUUUUGCGGGCGUGGUAGCUUCGUGGCUUUAGGGAUGUCCUAAACCGCAUGAUGGGCCCAUCCUUGACAGCAUCUUAUACUGCGUCCCUUAUACAUCCGGCUUAUGGCGAGUCAGGUUGGUCGGGAAAGAUGUGAGACAGCAGCUAUUCAUAUCUGACACUUCUUGUCGGGCAAGCGGUAUAUCAUAAUUAGGCUUCUCACGUACAAAUAAAUAAAUAUUCACAAAACUUCACUAUCA